CUAAUGGCGAAACUGUCAAUCUUGAAUGGUUAUCAGUCAUUAAUGUAUGAUAUAAAAAAGCCAUGUUUGGUCAGAUAUACUUCACUUGGACCCAGUUACCGUGUAUGAGCACCUAGAAAACUCACUCUGUUGGCGAGAAACUUUGUUCUACAAAAGAGGAGGAAUCCCUUUCAAAACGAUAUAAAGAGUAGGUAUGAGGUGAAACACUUCUACUGACAAUUCACAACUCGAAAAGUGAAAAAAGAUGACGAUGGAUAAGCAAUCUGACAGUGUUCCAUAUCUGCCUUCUCGUUCGACAUCCACUUACAGCAGAAAGAGAAGACUGUACUGCACAAAUGGACUCUAUCUGGAAAUCAACCAUAAUGGUAGAGUGAAAGGCACUAUGAAUGAGCACAGUCCUCUAGUUGUCAUGGAAAUAGUUCCAGCUGGCACAAACCUUGUUUGUAUACGAAGUGUUUAUACAGGACUAUUUCUUGCCAUGUCAGAGGGCGAGGUCUAUACAACGAAAACUGAAAACGAAGAGUGUGUAUUCAAAGAUACCUUAUCCAAACAGUUUUGCGAUAACUAUAUGUCCAAAAAAUAUCUGAGCAAGAAACUAGUUAUUGGAUUGAUGAGAACAGGAAGCGUGGUGGCGGUGCCAGCAAACAGCGCUAAAGACACUACGAAAUAUGCUACACAGUUUAUCACGAAACUACCAGGAACUUGAACGAGUAAAAGGACCGACGAGCCACUGCUACUAUAAAUAACUCAUUAAAUAAAUGAAUGAUAAAUAAAUGUUACUAGUAGAAAAUAAAGGAUGAAUUCGAAAAAACUAUUCGUGUUAAUUUACAAAGCUUUUAUUUGCAGCAAUUACGUGUAAGCAUAUAACAAAUAUAAAACACUGGGCAGCGUGCAUGGAUUUAUGAACACCAUGGAAUUAAUAACUGACUUCUCAGCAUGUUCUGACACACGAUAUUCUUAAAAACAAUCUAUCAUAAAGAAAUUAUAAAAAUCUGUUCCUUUUCAAGCAGUUACAAGCAUUGCUUGUUACGCCAUAUAUGGAUAAGUCCUAGAGUACCGCAAGGUUCCGCUAUGGGACCAUUCACUGUGACUACUUAAAGUAGUGUAUACUUAGUUUGUCGAUUAAAAAUUAGCGUUGAACGAGUUUUUUAUGUUACAAAAAAUGCCAACAUUAAAGAAAUUGAAGAAGUCAUUAGCCGUUCACACGAUGUCAGCGUAUGAUAGAUCACUUCUCACUGGCCCUGACUACAGUAUUUAGUACUGCCUAUCUGACUAACUGAUUCCUAAUAAUAGUAUUACUGUCAAGUUCUCCGCGAUGAUGAUCGAUGAGUAACAAGCAUUAAGGAAUAAAAACAUGUUCUCUGUGUCCAA